AAACAUUUAGCAGCAAAAGGCUUUUGACAUUUUCCUAUCGUCUCUUUCACCUGUGUUUCAUUUCUUUAAUCAUUUUAUUCUCUUCCCAUCUUUCUUCUUCAAUGAGCAUUUGCUGUUCAUAUGAAAUCAAGUCAACGAAGCUUCCUGUUUUUGCCAAGUUCAUUCUUGUUUUCCAAGAUUUAAUCCAAACCUAGAUUUUUGAUUCUCAAAUCUCUGUUUCCUGACUUGCUUACAUCAAGACCAAACCCACAUCAAAAGUCUCAAACUUUGGUCCUGGAUCUGUUCUCCCAUAGUUUCAGACCAAACCCACUUCAAAAGUUUCAAACUUUGGUCCUGGAUCUGUUUCCCCACAGUUUCAGACCAAACCCACAUCAAAAGUCUCAAUCUUUAAACUCAAAAAACAGAGCCAAUUCUUGAAUCUUUCCUCAUUACACAAACCAGUUAUGGUAGUAGAAGACAAAAGCAUCGAGAACGGUGGAUCCAUCCACGUGGACAAAGGAGAAAGCCGUUUCCUAACUGUAAUAUGUGGACCAGUCCGAUGGAUAAAGAUGCUAUCAAAAGAGCUUCACUGGAGCUUCGUCUUCGGUGUGGUCUCACUAUACGGCAUAAACCAAGGCCUAGGCGGCUCAAUGGGCCGCGUAGCGACAGAGUACUACAUGAAAGACGUCCAAAAAGUCCAACCCUCCGAGUCUCAAGCCCUCACUGCAAUCACCAAGAUCCCGUGGAUCAUCAAACCUCUCUGGGGCAUUCUCACCGACGUUGUUCCCAUCUUCGGCUUCCAUAGACGACCUUACUUCGUUCUGGCGGGUGUCCUCGGAGUGGUCUCUAUGCUGUUCAUCUCGCUUCGUAGCGAUCUCCACCUUUACUUUGCGCUUAUGUGGAUGACGUUGUCGAGUGCUGCGAUGGCUAUAGCUGAUGUGACGAUUGAUGCGUGCACUGCUUACAACAGCAUCAAGCAGAGUGCUCUUGCUUCGGAUAUGCAGAGCUUAUGCAGCUUAAGCGCCUCUAUUGGUGCACUUGUUGGUUUUUUCAUGAGUGGUAUCUUAGUUCAUCUUGUUGGCUCCAAGGGAGUGUUUGGCUUGCUGACAUUACCGUUUGCUUUAGUAUCUGUGGUGGGGAUUGUGUUCAGUGAGUCACAUGUUCCUGGUUUCUCUUACAAACAGGUGAACCAGAGGUUUAGCGAUGCAGGGAGAGCAAUGUGGAAGACAAUGAAGUGCUCAGAUGUAUGGAGACCUUGUCUGUACAUGUACAUUUCACUUGCUCUUAGUUUGAACAUUCAUGAAGGUCUCUUCUAUUGGUUCACAGAUUCGAAGGAUGGUCCUUUGUUUGCUCAGGAAACAGUUGGUUUCAUUCUCUCAAUUGGUUCAGUUGGGUCUAUUUUAGGAGCUACAUUGUACCAGCUAGUCCUAAAGGACCAUCCCUUCCGUGGACUUUGUCUGUGGACACAACUUCUCUAUGCCUUAUCAGGAAUGCUUGACCUCAUUCUUGUGCUACGUCUCAACUUGAGACUUGGCUUACCGGACUAUCUAUUCAUAGUAGUGGACGAGGUGGUUUCUCAGUUCAUAGGACGUUUGAAAUGGAUGCCGCUGAUGGUUCUCACUUCGAAGCUCUGUCCUCAUGGAAUCGAAGGGACUUUCUUCGCGUUGCUGAUGUCUAUUGACAAUGCAGGGGUCAUGACUUCUUCUUGGCUUGGAGGAGUGUUGUUGCAUGUCCUCAAGGUGACUAGGACUGAGUUCGGUAAUCUCUGGCUUGCGGUUUUGGUGAGGAAUGUUAUGAGGCUUUUGCCGCUGUUUGUGUUGUUUCUUGUGCCUAAGGGAGAUCAGAACACGUUUAAGCUCCCGAGUGAGAUCAUGGGGGAAGAUCCAGAAGAGGGAGAUGAGAAAGAAGAGUGUAGGAGUUUGGAAAUGGCGUCGCUUGUUCAUUCAGUUGAUAGAAGAUAGCUGUAACAGUGUUCUUUUAUUGUAUACGAACUUUAUAAAGCAAAAUGCUUUCAGGUUUUCACAGCAUUUUUUCACUGAACUUUACUUGCAUUGUUGUUACAAAGGGCAAAAUUUUCUCAGUAUACAUAGCAUGUAUUGUCAUUUUUUUAGUCUAUCUCUGUCUCUGAGUCUC